CUCAACAAUGGCGAAAACAGAUCUCGAUCACAAUCACAUUUUGUAUCUUCAUCCUUCAAACACUACCCGAGCGCCGAUAGUCUCAAUUCAGUUGACCGGAACUGAAAAUUACUCUGUUUGGAGCCGUGCGAUGCGAAUCCAGUUGUUAGGAAAGAACAAAUUAGGGCUGAUCGACGGAACUCUAAAAAUAGAGGAUUUUGAGGAGGAUCUGGGUCAUCAGUGGGACAGGUGCAACGCAAUUGUGCUUGGAUGGAUAAUGAGCUCUGUUUCGAAGGAAUUGUUAACAGGCAUAGUGUAUGCAAAAGAUGCAUAUCAUAUCUGGGAAGACCUGAGAGAGCGUUUUGAUAAAGUCAAUGCAUCUAGGGUUUAUCAGCUUCACAAGGAGAUUGCAACACUUUAUCAAGGAACAAACAGUGUUUCUGUGUAUUUUACCAAACUCAAAGAGUUAUGGGAUGAGUACGAGAGCAUGACUCCUCCAAGCUGUGACUGUAGGAGAUCUAAGGAUUUCAAUAAACAUUUGCAUAGGCAAAAGCUAAUGCAAUUUCUGAUGGGACUUAAUGAGAAUUAUGAGCAGGCAAGGAGUCAAAUCCUUAUGACUAAUCCCACUCCAAGUGUUAGCAAAGCAUAUUCUAUGAUAAUUGAGAGAGAAAGUCAGAGAUCAUUCUCAAAUGUAUCUAUGGUAGGAGAAGGAUCAGAAGCCACAGCUUUUCUGUCUACAAAAGGAGGCAGUUAUCCAAAACCUAAGAAGAAUUGGAACAUUCAGUGUGAAUUUUGUAAGAUGAAAGGGCAUAGUAAGAAGAAUUGUUAUAAUAUAGUAGGUUAUCCUGCGGACUUCAAGUUCAGAAAGAAAGGACAGGGCAACUCAACUGCUUACAAUGCCAAUGUAGGGAACUAUGCACCAAAUGUUCCUGGACCUAAUGCAGGUAGAAAUGAUGAUGGAGACACAGCUGCUUUGAAUGAGAUUCCUAGGCCACCAGUGUUUACUACUGAUCAAUACAAUUAAAUCCUCAUAAUGCUAAACAAAGAGCCUUCUCAGGAAAAUGGCUAAUAUGACAGGGUAAAUCACCUUAUGAGCUGUUUUAUGGUAAGAAGCUUAUGGUUCAUCAUUUUAGAACUUUAGGUUGUCUUUGUUAUGCAAGUGUUCUGUCAAGAAGUGAUAAGUUUGGUGCCAGGGAUGUGAAGGUUGUCUUCAUGGGAUAUUCCAAUGUUACAAAAGGAUAUGUCCUCUAUGACUUGCAGAAGCAACAAUUCUUCAUUAAUAGAGAUGUCACAUUCAGAGAAACAGUGUUUCCCUUCAAGGACAAUCAGACCAGGAUCAAACCUGUAUACCUUCUUAUUUCUUUGAUUCUGCAGAAACAGCUCCACUUAGUUCUAGAUCCCAGAAUACUUCUCCAUUUGCAGCUGAUGCACCAAUUUCAACUGAGUCUCCACCUACAGUUUCAGUGUCAUCACCAGUUAUCCCACCUUCUAAUUCUCACUAGCUGGAUGAUUUAUCCUUCACUUUUGUUGAUAACUUUGAGGAGACCUUAGUAUCUCUACUAGUUGAAGAGGAUACUUCUCUUAGAAGAUCUCAAAGAGUCACCAAACAGCCUUUAGGGUUACAGAUUAUGUGACUACUACUUCUACUAAACAGCCAUAUUCCAUGUCUCAUUAUGUGUCUUAUAAUCAGUUGUCCAGCCCAUACCAAGCCUUUUUAGGUGCUCUCUCAGCUACAUCAGAACCUAAAUCUUUUCGUGAAGCCUCUAAGGAUAGUCGAUGGGUUGAUGCUAUGAGUGUUGAAAUCUAAGCUCUACAAGACAACAAAACUUGGGAGUUAGUUCCUUUACCACCUGAAAAUCACCAAUUGGGUGCAGAUGGGUGUACAAGGUGAAACUGAAGGAUGAUAGGGAGGUUGAAAGUUUAAGGCCAGAUUAGUGGCUAAAGGAUACAGUCAAACUGAAGGUCUUGAUUAUCAUGAGACAUUUUCACCUGUGGUGAAAAUUGUCACUGUUAGAACAGUUCUUUCUUUAGCUGUUAUGCAAGCUUGGCAUAUCCAUCAGUUAGAUGUGUAUAAUGCCUUCUUGCAGGGUGAUUUGCAUGAUGAGGUGUAUAUGGAAUUACCUCAGGGAUUCUCAAGCCAGGGGGAGUCCAAGCUAGUAUGCAGACUUCUCAAAUCCCUGUAUGGAUUAAAAUAAGCCAGCAGGCAAUGGAACUUGAAACUCAUAGAGACACUACUACAAUCAGGCUUCAAUCAGAAUAGUCUUGAUCACUCCCUGUUUAUCAGAAAAGAGGGAAGCAAUGUAGUGGUGAUACUUGUCUAUGUAGAUGACAUGUUAGUUACUGGGAACAACCUGAAGAUGAUACAAGACACAAAGGAGUUAUUGCACAAAGCUUUCAAAAUUAAAGACUUGGGAGAGUUGAAAUUUUUCUUAGGAAUGGAAUUCAGCAGGUCAAGCAAAGGCAUUCUAGUGAAUCAAAGGAAAUAUGCACUAGAGAUUAUAUCUGAUCUAGUCCUGGGAGAUGCAAAACUAUCCUGGACACCAUUGGAAGUCAAUAUGAAGUUGACAGUACAAGAGUAUGAUAAACUGAUAGAGAAGAAAGAAGAUCAUAUUCUUGCAGACAGAAAUCAGUAUCAAAGGCUGAUGGGAAAAUUGUUGUAUCUCACUUUGACAAGGUCAGACAUUGCUUAUGUUGUACAGACACUGAGUCAGUUUUUACAACAACCAAAGAAAUCCCAUUGGGAUGCAGCCAUGAGAGUAGCAAGAUACAUCAAAAGAGCGCCUGGUUUAGAAAUUUUGCUCAACAGUAAAGGAUCUAAUAAACUCGUUAUAUACUGUGAUACAGACUGGGCCUCUUGUCCAAAUACAAGAAGAUCAGUUUCAGGAUUUCUAAUCAAUUAUGGGGAUUCUUUAGUAUCAUGGAAGUCCAAGAAAUAAAGCACAGUUUCUAAAAGUUCAGCAGAAGCAGAGUACAGAAGCAUGGCAAGUGUAGUUUCAGAAGUUGUUUGGUUGACUGCUCUAUUGAAGGAGUUGGAAGCAGAUGUUGCAUUACCAGUUGAUCUGUUUUGUGAUAAUAAGGCAGCUUUACAAAUAGCUGCAAAUCCAGUAUAUCACGAGAGAACCAAACAUAUGAAAUAGACUGUCAUUUUAUUAGAGAGAAGAUAUAAUUGGGCCUAGUGAAAGCACAGCAUGUUAGAUCAAAGGAUCAGGUAACAGACAUAUUGACAAAAGGAUUGAGCAGGGUACAACAUGAAUACUUGAUAUGCAAGCUGGGAGUGCUGAACAUCUGUGCACCUACCAGCUUGAGGGGGAGUGUAGAAGAAGGUGUUACUUACUCGAGGGUAUAAUUAUAAAUAGUUAUUAGAGAGUCGGCUAAUUAUGUUAGAUAUUGUUAGGAGUUAGUUAACACUAUUACCUUUUCUUAUAAGUAGUUAGUGGUUGUACAACUAUUAUUCAUUCAAAACAUUUUCAUUUUGCUCAUCAAUAUACAGAGCUUGCAUGUG